UGCCCAGAGCCUUCAGUUGCAGUAUCGCUGGCGCCAAAUCUGAUCGCUGCAUUUCUGGCGAAGUAGCUUCGAACAAUUCAGCUACGUACGCGACCUGCGCGGCCGGCUCGUUGAUUGGCGGAAGCUUUUGAUAUGGGCACGAUAACGAGACUAUUCGUCUGCGUUUCCGCUUCAAACCAAGAUAGUGCGCUGUUCUGAUCUCUCUCGCCACUGCUCCAUUACCCCACUGGUCAGUUUCCAGCAGUUUCCAGUCGUUUCCAACUGAGAGAUGUUAGAAGCUUACGAUGCCAACUACGACAAAGAACAUCCAAGAAAUCUUAUUCCAGAACUGUGCCGACAGUUUUAUCAUCUCGGAUGGGUGACUGGUACUGGUGGCGGUAUCUCCAUAAAACACAAAGACAAGAUCUAUAUAGCUCCUUCUGGUGUACAAAAGGAACGUAUGGUACCCAAUGAUAUGUUUGUACAAGAUAUCAAUGGAACAGAUUUGGAAUUGCCUCCACCAGAGAAAAAACUGAACAAGUCGCAAUGCACUCCACUAUUUAUGUGUGCAUAUAUAAGAAGGCAUGCAGGUGCUGUGAUUCACACACACUCCAAGUUUACUGUGAUGGCGACACUAUUGUGGCCUGGGAAAGAAAUCAGACUCACCCAUCUCGAAAUGAUAAAAGGCAUAUGGAAUCAGAAAGAGGGUAGAGCAUAUCGUUACGACGAGGAGCUGAUAAUACCGAUCAUAGAAAAUACUCCCUUUGAGAGAGAUUUAAAAGACAAUUUAGAUAAAAUUAUUGUUCGUUACCCUGAGACUUGUGCAGUAUUGGUACGCAGGCAUGGGAUUUAUGUAUGGGGCGAUUCUUGGCAACAGGCAAAAACUAUGACGGAAUGUUACGAUUAUUUACUUGAUAUUGCAGUUCAAAUGAAACAAUGUAGGUUAGAUCCAUCAAUAACUCCAAAUAUUAUGAAUUAAAAGCAAAUAGUACAUUAUGAUAUACACAGAAAUUUAUUACAAAAUUAAUAUUUCUGUUAAUUAUAAUUUUAUUAUG